AUGAAGGAAGUUGGCGAAGAAAAUUCUAAUUACCCCAUGGAUCGUACAAUUAAAUGGAAGUCUUCACAAAGAAGUUUUCGUUACUAUAUUGUAAAAGAAGGUGUUUAUCCAUCUAAGUCUUAUCUCGCCUAUACCAAAAUGCCAAGCCACUAUCCAAUUCCGGAUAAUUAUGUU